UUUGUACUUACGGUUUCCUAAAAAAUCCUAAUUUUAGUGAAUUGGGAUUAGGAUUGAUGACCGAUCCAAAGGGAUUUCUAUUGGGAUUGGGGUCAAACUCUUGGUCACCUGUUUCUUAUGGUAGUUUGGAUGUCCUUAUUCUCUUAAAGCAAAACUCACCGGAAAACACUCCUUCCGGCACUUCCGGAUAAGAUGAUCGGAGGCCCUCCAAGGCGGUCUAGGUGGGCUAUCUUUUGGAUUGGGAAUUGUUCGGUACAUCGGGGUCUUUGUCGGUUUGCUUCUAAUUGAAUCCCCAUUCUGCCGGAUAGUGGAAGCCUGGUGAGGGUGGGGGUUUUCUCUGCCGAGAAUCGCCGGUUUGGCCACCACCAGAAGCAGUCGUCCGUCGGAAUGAAGAGUGGACAGAUUUGGCCACCACCUUAGAUGCCAUGUUAUUGCCCUCCGAUUGUUUACGUUACCCUAUUUCCUCUCUUGCCUGAUCGCCUGGGAGACGCCGGGACAAGAUAGUUUUGCUGCUAAUAGAAUAUCAAAGAGAAACUAAGAAGAGAUCAAGAAGAACCAGUGGUUGCAGAUAUGGUGAAGGGUGGAAUUUUGGUGGUGAUGAAUAAUGGGCGCAGGAUGAAUGCUAUCACAGACAAGUGGUUCAACGCAGCCUUUAAGAAAAACAGUGUCAAACUUGACACGGACAUUGAUGGUGGUAAUACUGCUGCUGAGCAUACCCUUGCCGUACUCAAGGAUCACAUUCAGGUUGGAAUGGCUGGGAACUUGAAGGAUUUUGUGCUAAUUAACCAUGAUGGAGAUGAGGUAUUUAUUCAUGGAGUGUUCAAAAUUUGUCAAUGCUUUUUAUCUCGGUUUUAUAGAAUCCUUGAUGUGUGGUACACAAGUAUUUCUCUUUGAAGUUUGAAGCCCUCUACAAAAAGAGAAUCUUUCUUGAGAUUGUUAGGCUAAAGGAUCUGAAAUUUUAACCCAUGAUGGAACGUCUGUCGGUUUUACUUCUUCCCCAAUUGAAACCGUAAGGAAUUUUGAUACUCGUAACUCUAAAGAAAGAAUGAGUACAUCAAAGAUUUGACCAUCUUGCAAGACAUUUAAAGUCAGUCCACAUAAAGCAAAUAUCAUCUUGGACUCGGAUGAUAUUGGAAUUGUGAGAUAUAAUGUUUUAUGUUUUAUUACUAGUGCAGUACCCUUGCAUACGCACGGGAAAUAAUCGAUGGAUACAC